UUUUCAAAAGGUGCAUUUAAAACCUCCUGGUCCACUAAAUCAGUGUGUUAUUCUGCAGUGUAUUGUGAUAUCGCAGGUUGAGAAGAUGAACGCUCGAGUGUGUUGCUCGUUGAUCGCUGUCUUGUUGUGUCUCUCUGUGUGCUUGAGCACAAAAGAUGCCCAAAAAUGUGCCAUAGAAAAGCCAGGAUCAUGUCCAAAACCUGUUGGAGCCGGACUGUGUGUUGAGAAGUGUUCUGGUGACUGUAGCUGUCCAAACAAUCAGAAAUGCUGCAGCAAUGGAUGUGGACAUCAGUGUAUGGCUCCAUAUAGAGCAGUAAAGCCAGGAUCGUGUCCAAAACCCACUGGAGCCGGACUGUGUGUUGAGCAGUGUUCUGGUGACGGUAGCUGUCCCAACAACCAGAAAUGCUGCAGCAAUGGAUGUGGACAUCAGUGUAUGGCUCCAUGUACUGGUGCUGGACCAGCAAAGCCAGGAGUGUGUCCUAGAAACAAUGUUAAAAAACCGAUGGUAGGAGUGUGUGCCGAGAUGUGUUCCCAUGACGAUGACUGUCCGAAGGAUCAGAAAUGCUGCAGCAGUGGAUGUGGCCGACAGUGUAUGGCUCCUUAUAAAGAAAAGCCAGGAGUGUGUCCAGUGUCUUUUGCUGGAGUAAAAGGACGGUGUGCAGAAGAGUUGUGUGUCAGUGACUUUAACUGUCCAGGAAAUCAGAAGUGCUGCAGCUCUAUAUGUGGAGGACGUAUGUGUACACCUGCAUCUUAAGACAGAAGUGUCCCAGACACCGGUGGACAUGCAGAGAACAUGACAAUUUAACCAUUGGAAAAAGCCACCCCCAAUGUUGUACUUGAGGUCUUUUUGUCUUCCUCAAAUAAAUCUGUUUAAAGGUC